AAAUAAUUCCACUUCCCCCGGAACCCGGCGCUUCAUUGCGGCCCUCGCCUCCUCCUCGCGCCCAGCCAGGAUUUCCUGUCAGCGGAGGAAAAGGAGCCGGGACGCAGGAGGAGAGGCCUUCCUUCCUUCCUUCCUCCCUCCCUUCCGGGGAGAAGGCCCUCCUUCACCGCCGCCUUUCCAGGGAAUGGGAACCUUUGCACUCGUGUCGCCCCGCUCACACGUGCCCCCUCCCCGCGCCUCAGGACACGCGUGUUCUUCUCAAGGCCUCCGAGGACCAGCUAGGCCUCUUCCCCCUCCUCACGAAAGGCUCUCGGAGAAAGUGCUUCUGACAGGCCUGAGGCCUACCGCCUCACAGAAUGAAAGAGCAGCAAGAGACCCCAGGGGCCACCCAGUCCUUCCUUACUUACUUAGGGCCCUUCCACACAGCCCCAUAUCCCAGAAUAUCAAGGCAAAAACCCCAUAUUAUCUGAGUAUGGACUCAGAUAACCCAGGGCCCUUCCACACAGCCCCAUAUCCCAGAAUAUCAAGGCAAAAACCCCAUAUUAUCUGAGUAUGGACAAGAGACCCCAGGGGCCACCCAGUCCUUGCUUGCUUACUGACGGCCCUUCCACACAGCCCUAUAUCCCAGAAUAUCAAGGCAGAAAUCCCAUAUUGUCUGAGUAUGGACAAGAGACCCCAGGGGCCACCCAGUCCUUCCUUACUUACUUAGGGCCCUUCCACACAGCCCUAUAUCCCAGAAUAUCAAGGCAAAAAUCCCAUAUUAUCUGAGUAUGGACAAGAGACCCCAGGGGCCACCCAGUCCUUCCUUGCUUACUUACUUAGGGCCCUUCCACACAGCCUCAUAUCCCAGAACAUCAAGGCAGAAAUCCCAUAUUAUCUGAGUAUGGACAAGAGACCCCAGGGGCCACCCAGUCCUUGCUUAGGGCCCUUCCACACAGCCCUAUAUCCCAGAAUAUCAAGGCAAAAAUCCCAUAUUAUCUGAGUAUGGACAAGAGACCCCAGGGGCCAUCCAGUCCUUCCUUGCUUACUUACUUAGGGCCCUUCCACACAGCCCUAUAUCCCAGAAUAUCAAGGCAGAAAUCCCAUAUUAUCUGAGUAUGGACAAGAGACCCCAGGGGCCACCCAGUCCUUGCUUACUUACUGAGGGCCCUUCCACACAGCCCCAUAUCCCAUAAUAUCAAGGCAGAAAUCCCAUAUUAUCUGAGUAUGGACAAGAGACCCCAGGGGCCACCCAGUCCUUGCUUACUUACUUAGGACCCUUCCACACAGCCCCAUAUCCCAUAAUAUCAAGGCAGAAAUCCCAUAUUUUCUGAGUAUGGACAAGAGACCCCAGGGGCCACCCAGUCCUUGCUUACUUACUUAGGACCCUUCCACACAGCCCCAUAUCCCAUAAUAUCAAGGCAGAAAUCCCAUAUUAUCUGAGUAUGGACAAGAGACCCCAGGGGCCACCCAGUCCUUGCUUACUUACUUAGGACCCUUCCACACAGCCCCAUAUCCCAUAAUAUCAAGGCAGAAAUCCCAUAUUAUCUGAGUAUGGACAAGAGACCCCAGGGGCCACCCAGUCCUUGCUUACUUACUGAGGGCCCUUCCACACAGCCCCAUAUCCCAUAAUAUCAAGGCAGAAAUCCCAUAUUAUCUGAGUAUGGACAAGAGACCCCAGGGGCCACCCAGUCCUUGCUUACUUACUUAGGACCCUUCCACACAGCCCCAUAUCCCAUAAUAUCAAGGCAGAAAUCCCAUAUUUUCUGAGUAUGGACAAGAGACCCCAGGGGCCACCCAGUCCUUGCUUACUUACUUAGGACCCUUCCACACAGCCCCAUAUCCCAGAAUAUCAAGGCAAAAAUCCCAUAUUAUCUGAGUAUGGACAAGAGACCCCAGGGGCCACCCAGUCCUUGCUUACUUACUGAGGGCCCUUCCACACAGCCCCAUAUCCCAUAAUAUCAAGGCAGAAAUCCCAUAUUAUCUGAGUAUGGACAAGAGACCCCAGGGGCCACCCAGUCCUUGCUUGCUUACUGAGGGCCCUUCCACACAGCCCCUUAUCCCAUAAUAUCAAGGCAGAAAUCCCAUAUUAUCUGAGUAUGGACAAGAGACCCCAGGGCCCACCCAGUCCUUGCUUAGGGCCCUUCCACACAGCCCUAUAUCCCAGAAUAUCAAGGCAAAAAUCCCAUAUUAUCUGAGUAUGGACAAGAGACCACAGGGGCCACCCAGUCCUUGCUUGCUUACUUAGGGCCCUUCCACACAGCCCCAUAUCCCAGAAUAUCAAGGCAAAAAUCCCAUAUUAUCUGAGUAUGGACAAGAGACCACAGGGGCCACCCAGUCCUUGCUUGCUUACUUAGGGCCCUUCCACACAGCCCCAUAUCCCAGAAUAUCAAGGCAAAAAUCCCAUAUUAUCUGAGUAUGGACUCAGAUAACCCAGGGCCCUUCCACACAGACAUAUAACCCAGAACAUCAAGGCAAAAAAUCCCACAAUAUAUGCUUUGAACUGGGUUAUCUGAGACCACACUGCCAUAUAUUCAUGCUUCUAAGGUUAGUACCGGGAGCCCCGGUGGCAAAGUGCGUUAAAGCACUGAGCUGCAGACCGAAAGGUCCCAGGUUCAAGCCCCGGGAGCGGCGUGAGUGCCCGCUGUUAGCUUCAGCUCCUGCCAACCUAGCAGUUCGAAAACAUACCAAUGUGAGUAGAUCAAUAGGUACCGCUCCGGCGGGAAGGUAACGGCGCUCCAUGCAGCCAUGCCGGCCACAUGACCUUGGAGGUGUCUACGGACAACGCCGGCUCUUCGGCUUAGAAAUGGAGAUGAGCACCAACCCCCAGAGUCAGACAUGACUGGACUUAAUGCCAGGGGAAACCCUUACCUUUACCUUAAGAUGUCCCUGGUAGAUUUGGGAAAAAAGCUGUUAGAGGCUGCACGAGCAGGACAAGAUGACGAAGUUCGGAUUUUGAUGGCCAAUGGUGCACCUUUUACUACAGACUGGUUGGGAACAUCUCCACUUCAUCUAGCAGCACAGUAUGGGCACUAUUCCACCACUGAAGUGUUACUUAGAGCAGGAGUAAGUCGGGAUGCCAGAACCAAAGUGGACAGGACUCCAUUGCAUAUGGCAGCUUCUGAAGGCCAUGCAUGCAUAGUAGAAGUCUUACUCAAGCACGGUGCUGAUGUAAAUGCAAAGGACAUGCUGAAGAUGACUGCUCUCCAUUGGGCUACAGAACACAAUCACCAAGAAGUAGUGGAACUCUUAAUAAAGUAUGGAGCAGAUGUCCAUACGCAGAGUAAAUUUUGCAAAACAGCUUUCGACAUUGCGAUAGACAAUGGAUAUGAAGACUUAGCAGAAAUACUACAGAUUGCAAUGCAAAAUCAAAUCAACACAAAUCCAGAAAGUCCUGACACUGUGACGAUACAUGCAGCGACACCACAGUUCAUCAUUGGACCUGGUGGAGUGGUGAAUCUAACAGAUGACACUGGAAUGUCUGCUGUCCAGUUUGGUAAUUCUUCAACUUCAGUUCUCGCAACUUUGGCAGCUUUAGCAGAAGCUUCAGCUCCACUGUCCAAUUCAUCAGAAACACCAGUUGUGGCUACGGAAGAAGUAGUGACUGCAGAAUCCGUGGAUGGUGCAAUUCAGCAGGUUGUGAGUUCUGGAGGCCAGCAGGUCAUUACCAUUGUAACAGAUGGCAUUCAGCUUGGAAACCUCCAUUCAAUUCCAACCAGCGGAAUGGGUCAGCCCAUUAUUGUGACCAUGCCAGAUGGGCAGCAAGUCCUUACAGUACCAGCAACAGACAUUGCUGAAGAAACAGUAAUCAGCGAAGAGCCGCCGAUGAAGAGGCAGUGUAUUGAGAUCAUUGAAAACCGUGUGGACUCAGCAGAAAUAGAAGAGAGAGAAACUCUACAGAAACAGCUGGAUGAGGCCAACCGAGAAGCACAGAAGUACCGCCAGCAGCUUCUGAAGAAAGAGCAAGAGGCUGAAGCUUGUAGGCAGAAGUUGGAGGCAAUGAAUCGCCUUCAGACGAGCAAAGAAGCUGUUUGAAUGGCUGAAUUAGAUAAAGCCAGUGAAGGAAACUGCUAUACAAGACGGACCUGUGUUUCACGUGCGCACAAACCUGGGAUUACAUACUAGAGAAGAUGUUACAGGUUUGAAACUGGACUUAAGCCAUGAGUUCUGGUGAAUUUCUUGUAUCAUAAAAAAAAGAUCCUCAGAAUUUAGACAUUUUUGUGCAAAAAUAUUUAAAAAGAAAUACUGUAAAUAGUAGGUUUUUUUACAGUUCCCAAAUUAGUUGCUUACUCUUUUUGAAGGGAUCCACAAACAUGCAAAAGCCAAUGUUUUUGUGACCUUUUUAGUACAAAACUGCAGAAAUACAGAACAGUUUUAAGGGUGAUAAUAGUUGAUUUAAACUGACAGUGUGGAAGUGAAUUAAUUAUGUGUCGGAGCCAACCCUGAAAGAUAGCAACUUAAAAAAAAAAACUCUGCGUAAAUACAUUUCCAGAUGGAAAUAAUCUGUACAGCUUUAAGUCGUUGCCCAGAGUCCCUUGAAUCCCUUUUUUAGAACAAAAAAUGUAAUUUUUUAAUAUUUAAUUUCUGAUAUAUUCAACUAGAAUUGACAUGUAUAUGAAGCUGAUAUUUUUUAAACUUUUCUGUUUGUACAUAUGCUGCAUGUUUUUUUUAUAUAAUUUCUAUAUACAUCUUACAUACAUAUUUUUCAGGAAAGAGGAGGGAAAAUUAUGAGGAAAAAAUGUUGAACCUAUAGAGCAGGCGUGGGCAAACUUCGGCCCUCUGGGUGUUUUGGACUCCAACUCCCACAAUUCCUAACAGCCUCAGGUCCCUUCCUUUUCCCCCUCAGCCGCUUAAGCGGCUGAGGGGGAAAAGGAAGGGACCUGAGGCUGUUAGGAAUUGUGGGAGUUGGAGUCCAAAACAUCUGUAGGACCAAAGUUUGCCCACGCCUGCUAUAAAGCAAUGGGGAGGGAGGCAAAUUGAUUGUUUUUUUGGCUUUGUUUUAAUUGGAAUUGGCAUUUCUUGGAAGAAUGUAACAGGACAGAAGAAGAAAACCAAAACCAGUAUUUAUGUAAUAUGGGAAUUAUUUAGGAUAAUAAUUGCAUUAGUAGCAUGAAAUCAUAUUUCCAGUCUUAACAACUCUGGGGCUACGUUUCUGCAAGUGGGCACCAAACAAGAUGCCCAACCAGUUUUCGCUUGCCCUCCUUUAUUGUGCUGUUACCAGCCGAAGGGCCCCAUUUUGUCAGAGUUUAGGGUUAAGGAGAAUUUCCCCUCUACGAAAUCGACAUCGUAAGCUAAAUAUAAUUGUUAUAGACCAAAAGCAAGUAUGGAUGAGCUGCGCUCACAAAACCAUUUGCAUGAAAACGACAAUGUUUGUAUUGCAUGAGCUGAAGAGGGGGAAAACAAUAAGCUGUUUGACAAGAAAGAAUCCAGAUAUUUGUAUGAAACAUUUAAUAAGCCACUUCUCUGCUUGUUACCGAAGGCAUCAGAGUUAAAUGGGAGUCACUAUUGUGGUUGAGGAAAAGGGAUUAGUUAAACAGAAGUCAACUUGUUCUGAGUUCCUCUUCCAUAGUCCUCAUCUAUGCUGCCAUAUAAUGCCAUUUCAGAAUACAGUUCAAUGCAGUUGAAUCUGAAACGGCAUUAUAUGGCAGUGUAGAUGGAGCCAUACUAUUCUCUUUUCAGGUUGCAGGUUUUAUAUAAUAUACAGGAAUGUUUUGCAAAGUUACUUAGAAUGUUUUUUCUGCACACACACACACACACACUUCUCCCUGCAUCUGAAAUGAACAAGAAUAUUAUUUUCAAAUGGGCUCUUGGGCCACUUUAGAUACUCACCGCACAGGGUAUGUUUCCAUUUCUUCUGUUUAUAUACACAAACAUUGUAGUACAACUGGAAAUAUUAUUUGAAAUAAUUGUUCAUGGUGUUUCCCACACAACGUGCCAAAAAACAGAUUGCCCUAAUCAUGAAUCCCAGAGUUAUUCUGCACUUGAAAUUUGCAAUCAAACAGUAGCGUUUUUUAUUUUACUGAACUGAUACUGUUUUUCCUGCUAUAAUUAUGUUUGGAUUUGUGCAUCAUUAGGAUAUUAUAAUUUCCAGUAUAUAGAUAGUGUGUUAGGUCCUCAAAACAUGUAAAGUACUUUUCAUGAAUGGGAGGAGGACCCUAAACAUUUCAGAAAAGUUUUCAGUUGAUAGAUACACCAUUAAGUAUAUUUUAGGAUUGGGACCCUAAUCUUUAGUACAUCCAUAGGAAGCGGGUAGAUAAGCACUUGGUCCCAAGCUGACAUUAAAGAGCAAAUGAAUUUCACAUGACUUACCAAGGACCUGAUAGCUGAGGUGUGCUACAUACACAAAUACACACAUGUAGAAUAAUGAGGACUGCUCUGACUGCACCACUUCCGAAUGUUGGCGGGAGAUGCCAUUUUGUGAAUGCAAGAAGAAAACUGGUAUAUGGUUCUAACCCAGGCUUCUCCCUGAUGUGCUUGUUUUUUAUUUUCAAGGAGGCAUUUUUCACCCCAAAGAAAAAAAAUAUUAAAAACUGAUUUCUUAACUUGUGUUUUCAAGUGGUACAGUCUGUUUCGUUGUAUCAUGUGCUGAGCCAACCAUGGCAGCACAGAACCAAGAGAAACAUUUAGAAAAGUAUGGCUUUUGGAUAUUCACUGAGACCAUACUGCCUUAAAGAUUCCCGAGUGCUACAUUGCAUUUAUACUUCCAACUACUGUGCAGCUCCUUUAUUUCAAUGUAAACCUUGCAUUUGAUUUGUGCUCUGCCGUGUCUUGGUUUCACCGCUUUUAUGAAAAAUGUAUAACUUUACAAAUCUAGAUUGCCUAUAAAAAAGAUUACCCUUAAAACUGUAUUCUGCUCUACUUUUUCUAUUUACUAUUAAAUAUCUUUUCCAAAAA